GCAGCCGCGCCGUGCGGCGAUGGCGGUUGUUUCUCUGACGUGAGAGCUGAGAGUUGUGGCUGAGCUGCCGCUUUGCUUGCUUUGGGGAAGAACGCGUUACGCUCGGCAGUGGCUUUACCCGAGGUGUUUCGGGCUGGUGGAUACACGGCCCCGCACUCCGUGCGUGCACGCUUUGUGCCCCGAGAGCCGUCGUCGUUUCCUGUUACGGAUCUGUCACAGUGUUUCCUGCCCAUACUUACUGAAAAGGAAAUGUUCAACUGUUGGAUUUGGAUAUUUAUCUUGCUCUGUAGAUCUAUAGCAGAUGAGAACUCUACUAGAGAUGCUGACAUUUUUCCUUCUUCUCCUGAAAUUGAAAGAGGAUCCACCCUGAAACUAUUCUGUGUUCUUGGAAAACAUUAUACACCUCACAGGAAUGCAAGCCACAUCAUCUGGAAAUUGAAUCGUGAAUUAAUUGCUCAGGAAAACUAUAAUAUCGUCAAUGAGACUGUAUCUAGUAUAACUAUCAAUAAUUUCACUCACAACAAAGCACAUGUGAAGUGCUUCAUUAAGUACUUAGGGAAGGAACAACUUCUGGUUCACACUGAAGUUAAAUCUGGAUUUCCACCAGGCACACCAAGAAAUAUUUCCUGCAUUUAUGAUGUUGAUAUUAAGCUUACCUGUAACUGGACUUCAGGAAGAGAAACAAAUCUUGCAACAAGUUAUACUCUUUACAGAAAAAUUAUGAGUGUACAAGGUCCAAUUAUGCAGGAGAUGAAGAUCUCUGUCUGCCGAAGCAAAACUGAGUCAUGUUCAUUUCAUUACCCAAAUAUUCCAUUUGGUGAUAAUCUUUGUUUUCAAGUGAAAGCUGAAAAUGUUUUGGGUGAAGCUUCAUCGGAUUGUGUUCCUAUAAAUAUGGAAGAAAUAGAGAGAUUUCAACCUCCUGAAAUACUUUCAUUAAAAAAAUAUGCUGGUAUAAAGCAGUUGCUUACAGUAACCUGGAAGAUACCUGAGAAAAGUACACGCUUACUGGAUGUAAAAUGCCAGAUUCGAUACAGAAACUUGUAUUCGAACUCAUCGGAAAUUGACACUGUUAUGGUGGCUUCUGGAGAAGAGAUAUCAACACAUAAUCUCACAGGUCUGUGGGACUCCACAGAGUAUUUGGUUGCCAUUCGGUGUAUUAGUGUUGAAUCAAAACUCUGGAGUGACUGGUGUAAAGAGGAAACAGCAAGUACAGAAGAGAAAGCUCCUUCAGAAAAAGUGGAUUUAUGGAGAGUAAUUGAGUCUUCAACCCCAUCUGGAAACAGAUCCGUGUAUCUUAUGUGGAAGCUGUUAAGCAACUUGCCACCCCAUGGGAGAAUUCUAGGCUACAAAAUACAGUAUUUUCCAGAAAAUAAUGCUGCACUUCAAAUGACAAGCUUCACUUCUGAUAAGAAAAUUACUUUAUUUUUAAAUGAAGAGGCAUAUAUAAUAUCUCUUACUGCCUAUAAUUCUGCUGGAAAUUCUCCUGCAGCUAUUUUGAGGAUUCCAUCCACUGAUGAAAAAUCUUCUCAAAUGAUUGAAGCAGUGAGAACCUUUACGACAGAGGAAGAAGUGAUUGUGGAAUGGACAGUCUCUAAACCAGAAGUAACCGAGUAUGUAGUUGAGUGGUAUGAGGAAAUGGAGACAGAUCCUUUUAGUAGGUCAUGGCAGUAUAUAUCAAAUUCUACAAAGUGGAAACCUAACAAAAAAAACUUCAAAUCAUUUGUAUGCUACAACAUGUCAGUGUAUCCCAUUGAUGGAAAUAAAGUAGCAGCUCCAUAUUCCAUACAAACUUAUAUUCAAGAAAAAAAGCCAUCAGAAGGCCCUGUGGCUGAUACGGGUUUCCCAGGCAAAAAUGAAGUUACAAUAAAAUGGAAUGAGAUUUCAAAAGAUAAAAGAAAUGGCUUUAUCAACAACUACACAAUAUUUUAUAAACCUGAAGGUGGAAAAGAAUUGAAUGAAACAGUGAACUCCGAUGUGCUACAAUACACGCUGAAGUCUUUACAGGCUAAUACGCAAUACACGGUCUAUGUCAUGGCAAGCAACAGAGCUGGUGGAACCAGUGGAGAGCCAAAAACAUUCAAGACUUUAAAAUUCAAUAAAGAAGAUGUUAUUUUCAUUGUUCUACCAGUUGGAUUAAGCAUGUUGUUUCUGGUAGGCCUUUGGAUAACCUGCAUUAUGAAAAAGCAGCUGUUUAAAAAGGUUUGCUGGCCUGAUGUCCCCAAUCCUGCAGAGAGCGUUGCAGUGCAGUGGCCUGUUGAUGCAGCUAUGGGAGUGGCGUGUGAGGACAAAACCAAAGGCCUGGAAAACAUCAGUGUUUUGGAAGAUUGUUUUCCUGAAGAAGAACAUGAAGGAUCACUACUAAUGGAUUGUGAAAAAUGUGUUUCUGGAAGUACUGACAUUAAUACAAAUGAGGCACAGAAUAUCUCUGAGUACAAAUUAACUCUGCUAAAUAGUGAGGGAAAGAUACUCAACAACGAAGAACAGGAAGUUGCUAAGCACCUUUUGCCAUCCAUGCCUUACAUAAUCACUGAUCAAGAUUUCAAAAGUCAAAUACAUUCAGCUUUGAUACCAUCCAAGAAACUUCAGCCCAUCAAAAUGCUGGAGGAUGAUUUAUGUGAUUCCCAACAGAUCUCAAUUAAAAAUGAAGAAAAUGAUAAUGAAGAAGUUUUAAACAGAGAAGGUUUCAGUGGAAAAAGCCUGUUCAAUCCAUACCUUAGAAAUUCUGUUAAAACAAGAGAAUUUCUUGUUUCUGAGAAUUCCUCAGAACACAGCAAGAAUGAACCCAAAAGCCAGGCAACUUUUUUACCUGGACUUCGACAAAAUGUUGUAGGACAAUCCUAUAUAACACUGGACAUGGUUGGGCUGGCAACCGCUCAUUAGCAGAGGAAAUAAUUCCUUGUGAAGUCCCAGCCUGGUAGCACUGCUUUUGUAUGUGUUUCCUGGGUGGUCGUGGUUACCUCCUGUGAAAUUACCCUAUUCCCUUCAACAGCUGUGUGGUAAUGAACGUACUGUAUUUAUUCCUGUGAAGCUUCACUUUCAGAGUUGCUGGGGAUUUUUUAUUUUUUUAUUUUUUUAAACCACAGAAAUGUGUCAGUAGUAAGGCAAAGGACGUAGCUUUUCUUAGUUCUUCGUUUCGAUUUUCCCUUUGAGAACACCAAGCAGUGCAAGUAGCUUGCUGCUUUCCCCCUUGGCAACCAGUUCAGAUAGAUGAGCACUGCUGGGGCAGUGUGCACAAACUUGAACAGAGCCAACAUCUCCCAAAUUUUUCCUUAAGUUACAUGAAGUAAAACAACUUUACUGUUUUUUUUCCCAUGCUUAUUUUGGAUCUAGUUUUUAUGUGUACUGUUUUCCCAUCUCACAGAUAGUUGGUAAUCAUCUUUGUGCAUCCUGCCUCUCAAAUCAGCAGUUUGGCUCAUGGUUGCCAUAUCUUUAAUGAGAGGAUAUGUCAUGUACAUGCUAUUGACCUGUCUGCGCUUUGGAAAAGGGAGGUUUGUGUUGGCUUCCUGCUUCCUUCCUUUUCUCUCAUUUUCAGUCAUUCACUGUAUUUUGUGCUUCUUUGGCGCUGCUUUUUUUAGCUGUUUACUGCAUGAUAUCUUCUUAUCUUCUUGUUACUGUGCCUUUAAUUUCUCCUAGUUUAAAACUGUUCUCAGUUGAAGCUGUGGUAUUAUGAACUGGGGGGGAAAAAAAAAAAAAGCAAAAAAAAAAAAAGCUAAAUUAAACAUUCAGUUGUUUAGAAUUAACAUUUAGUCCCCCAGAAUUUCAAAUUCUACAAAUGGAAAUCCCCCAGACAUUAACAGAUUAACCAAUUACAGACAAAAUUCUCACGCUACAUGACCAUUAAAUGUCCAUUAAAAUCCCCUAAAUAAGAAAAAAAAAAAUGCAGUAUUAAUGAAUUCAUGGGAGAGAAGGAAGCAUUCCUGUGGAUGCACCUCCACAGACGGCGUGGUUGCUGCUGAACAGCUGAUUUGGAUGCAUAGGCAAAUGGUCUGCUCUGGCUCUGGCUACUUAAUGUUUCUCUUGCCACAGUGUAUAUUUCAUUACAAAUGCUAUGUUAUACUUUAAUAUUCCUAGAAAGUGAUAUAAGCAUAUCUGUUAUAAACAGAUUUCUCUUUUUGAGAUUGUUGAUGACUUCUUGAGAUAGAUGUUCCAACUUCUGAUCAUGAGUGGGAACUUGUUCAGAAGAGCUGAAUUUUCUACCCAAGUUUGAUAUCUAUCCAAGUUUGAUAUUGAAUGUGACACAGCCUGAAUCUGAGCACAGUGCAUGUAAGGGACUCGCAGGUUCUGUUCCUGUGCCUCAGCAAAUGGUUUCAUGUCACCUAUGUACAGUUACUUCAAUCCUGCUUCCAUUUGCAUGUUCCAUUUUUUUGCACAGUAACCCUGUAGGCUUUGUGUUUGUAUACAGCUUUGAGAUUUAACAGCAUAAGAUGUGUUCUAGAUACAACCCACCAUGUUGAUGCUAGUAAUCUCUCAGGACAGGCAGGAAGGACCUGAGACCUUACCACCAUUUGGUCCCAUUAUAGGCUUCUUCUGUAGGUACAACUCAUCUGCAAUUACUGGCAUGGGUGUUGAUUUUUUUCCCUUUAUUAUUUCCAUAAUGGUUGUAAACAUUUCAGACCUUACAGGAAGAUACAGACAGAUACUGCACUUUUUUGCAUGUAUGCCUGUUUUUACUGAAUAAGCUUGUAUAAGAACACUGAAGUCUUGUGGUGAUGACAACAAAAUUAUAUAGACAGUAGGCAGCAUAUUAUUUCAUAUCUGUGUGCAGUACAGUUUUCCAGUGUGUUGAAUGUUCACAAGUAAGGAAAGCUUAUAUGUUACAUUCACAGUUUGCUUCCUUGUAGUGUGUAAAAAGCAGAGUGUCUCGGGAUGUAGACUUUCAGGAAGAGACAAUGAGCUGGCUUCAUUGCUGUUGCAAGCUAGUAUAGCUUCAGCAGAAGAGAUGCAAUUAUACAGAUAUGUCAUCUAUGAAGCUAUAACAGUUCCUCUGAGAAACUGUCCAAUGAUUUGCUUUUGUACAUAUAAAUACAUGCGUAGUUGUGUCUGAGCCCAGAUACAGAGAAAUAUCACAAUUAAUCUAUUGUUUGUGCAGCAAAACUUGCACCUAUUUGUAUAAUUUAUAUUGCUGAUGCCCAUUGUUCAUCAGAAUGGAUGAGAUUGCAAGCUGGGAUCUUUUAUUCUAAAAUAUGCAUGGAGUCUUGCCUAAAAGCCCACAGGAUCCCAGGCUUUAACCUGAAAUACUAAUCUGUGUCUUUCCCGUAUUUGAUGUUCUGCUGUUCUUUGCUGUUCAGGUGUGGCUUCUUGUUUCAAUACGUGCCUUGACUUGAGCAUGUGGUGCUGGAAGGAGGAUGACUGUGCCUAGUCCAAGGCUGUCUUCCUCACCUCUGUCAGUACCUCUGCACUUCCCAUGUGGGAAAGCAGUGGGCUUGUUCCCUUCUCUGCUGAAUGCAAACCAACACUUCAGCAGUAUGGGUGGUUGAGAAGCUUGAGGCACAGGCAGGCUGAAGUCCUGAACUACAGUGAGAGUAUAGAUGUUAUCUUCCAGUGCUCCCAUCACACAGAUAGUUACUAAGAUCAGUAGUAAGAUAAUCACUUUAAAUGCUUGGUGAUUGCAGCUGGUAGAGACUCAUGGUUAAGCUGAGCAGAUGUUUGCAAAUAAGGAUCUUAGGGCAGUGGUGUUUGGCUGUGUUGGGUAUAUUUCAAAGUGGUGCUCUAAAAGGCUGGGAGGAACACAUUCUGGGGAUCGUUUGGUCUGCAGCUUGUACUGUGGUGCAUGCAAGCAUGCUGUGGUCAUGAGAGCGAGCUUUCAGCUGGUAGCCUUUGCCAUUACCAAAUCUUCUGAUCUUAUGCUGCUGAAUAUUAGAAAUAUCACAGGAGAAGAUAACCUGAAACUCUAAUUCAUCUGAGAAAUCUGAGAUUUUAAUUUUGAAAUCUCCCUUAACAGAUUUGAGCUGUAGGGCUUUGUUUUGACAGCCACAGGGUUUCAAGCAUUAGGUCAUAGCAUUUUAACCUUGCCAGCCCAGAUAUCAGGAUGCUAAAGAUUGAAUAUCCUGAUGUUUUUGUAACAAGCAAUCUCAGUGGUUAUGUGCACAAAACAAUGCCUUAACAGCAAAUGUCAUACUUAUUAUUGCGAGAGGUAAUCUGUGAAAAUUUAUUUAACAGCUUUAUGCUUUGCUAGCAGCUAUUCUGAAAUACUGAGCUAAGAUACUCUCCCAAAGGUUACUUAACGUUUAACAGAUAGAGCUUAUAUAACAUAUACAUGAUUUAAGAUUGUGCAAAAUUGAUUUUGAACAGGCUGAAAUGUGUGAUGGAGCUAGCGUUCUGUGUAGCUCUGGGUUCCAGUACUCUGCAAGGAGAGUGAAGGGCUCGCUUUGCUGCUCUGUGUCAAUGUUAAUAGCAGGAAGCAGGGCGCAUCCUCGCGGUGUCUAAGUCUGGAGCCCACAGCUGUAUGGACCAACAGCUGGUAAGUCUAGGUAGUUGUUAAUAGCACUAUCCUUUGCCUCUUAGCAAGAAAGAGUAAACACGCAAAGAGGAGUAAGCACAGUGGUUGUAAUAAGUUAUUGUGAUGAGCCUGUCUUACGGCUAUUCAUUGCGGCCGCCCCAUCUUAAAGAUAGUGUUGCAUAAAGUGGUUGCUUUGUGUGCACUGUUCUGUCCUACAUGCAGAGAACAGUGUUUGUAAGUGGAGCCAACAGAGGGGCUUAUGCAUUCAUUUUGUAAUAUUGUUCCUAACCAUGAGGUCUGAUUUUGUGAACUUGUUGUGUGUCCCAGUCUGAUAACUUAGGAGCAGGGCUCUGUGUGAGAAGCAUUUAUUUAGCCUUUGUUUUUCCUCCUUCUUUGCUGUUCUGUUAUUUAAAAGAAGUUGUCUUUUUUAGUAUUCGAGAAAGACGCAAUUAUUGUAGUGAAUUUUUUUUUCGGUUUCAAAAUCUUUCUUAUGAUUAUUGUUUGUCGUUUUUCCAUGAGUAAACAAUCAUUUUUUCUGCCAUCUUGCUAUUUAAUUUAACUCAAAACUAUUUUUGGCUGGCUAUUUUGAAACCAGAACAGAAGAAUGAACAGCGACAGUCUGGAAGUUGGCACAGACAUCUGAAUAAAAUGUUCUUUCAUGGAAUGAAGUUUUGUUAAUAGCAUAUCAAAACAUGAACUGAAGCAGAUGUGUGUAUGUAUGGUGUAGAUUUAUUCUCUAAAUUUGUUUAAAACAAAACUUGCCAGAGAAGUAAGUGCAGAGGUGUUAGUGCUGUACUUUGCUCAUCCAGUGUCUUUGACUCUCUUCAGCCCUUAACAGGAUGGCACACUUCUAGGAAGGGUUAUGGGGACGCAGUCAGUGGAGCAGCCUAGGGAAGCUCGCGGUGCACUGGCGCCGUGCCCUGCAGUGCAGGCAGUGCCAAUCCCCUGCUCUCUGCCCGCGGGACUCUCAGCUGUGGGGCUGAGCUGUGGGAUCCCCCAGCCCAACGGGAGAAGGAGCUGCGCUGUAGUGCGGCACUUCUUGUUUCCAAAGCACCGCUUUAGUGUUAACGAGUCGCUCAGAGCAAUGAGGGCAACGCUUUCAAGUUUGAAUGAACGCCACUGAUGUUUUUCGGAAGCCUUCCUCCUGUUCUUCAGGCAUUGCUUAGCCCCGGACUGCUGAAAGCCUCUUGAGCCAACUUGUGUGUGUUUCUAGAUUGCCGUGACUGAGUCAACGGAACAGAAGCUUUGCAGUGAGUAUUUCUCAGAAAAGCAGCCUGAAUUUCCUGGAUCUGCCAUUGCUAUCCUGAGAAUGCCGUACUCCCUUGCCAAGGAUCAGACAGCAGAAUUUUCUCCAUUAGACGAGAAACUGUACGUGCGGUGGAUUCUGAUGAAGAAAUAAUACUGUGUUUCGUAACCAUGGGAUUAAUCAGUUGUACUCAGGGAUGCCAGAAACAAAGCUCAUGAGAUUAAAAUCAGGGUUAGUGCUCUGCCUUGUCCACUUGGAAUGUCACUGAAAGGAACUCUUCGGCCUGAAGAAAGGGAGCUGGAGAGGCUCCGGAAUCAAACUACAGCAAAUUCUGCCAUAAUGUGACAAAAUCUGGACUAUUCUUCUUACCCUUUUUUCUAUGAAGUGAGCACUGCACACCUCUGGGACAAAUCCUUGUGCAGCCCUUCUCUGUUGAGUCUGCACGUGGUCUUUUGGGGAUUCUGACUUUUUUUCUAAUUGAAAACAUAUGUUUUAAAAAGCUUCCGAAUACAGGAAUUAACCCUAAAGGCACAGUGUCUUUUUUAACAGGAAGCUCAUUCUGUAGCUGCCCCACACCUCGGACCCCUUCCCUCCCACAGCCUCUGUGGCCGUUGCUUUCUUUUGAGAGCCAACAUUUCCCAGCAUGAUCCCUGUAUUUGCUUCUGUCUGCAGUGUGUUCUUCACUGUUACACUGCUGGCUUUGCUCAUUUUUGAGGACCACCUUUUCCCUCCUUUUGCUUUCCUUUGGUUUGAUUGCUUUUGCACUGGUGAUGAAGCUCUCCACGGUGCCAUCUUAACGUGAUUUCAUACUGCACAGGCAUUGUGAGGCAGGAAGCUGUGAAUCAUAUUUGGUGCCAAUUGCCUCAUACGGCUUCAGUCUGUGCUCAUUUUCACCUCUCCUUCUACACUCGCGGCCUUCUCUGUCCCUUCUGAAGGGAGAAGGAGGAGGGCAGCACCCACUACUGCUGUACCUCCACUAUGCUGCACUGUGUGCUGCCC